AUGGCCCUGGGGGCGCCGUUCUCGGAUAAUCCGCUUUUUGCUAAUAUCGACCGGCGAAGACGUGGGGAUCAGUAUACAGAGCGGGCGAGGAAAUUGCUAGACCUGACGGAUACUUCGGUUACCACUAUCCAGGCCUCUAUUCUGCUUGCUACGGUUUGUUUUUGUGACUCGCAGACAGAAGCAGAGGCAUUGUAUUAUUCUAUUGCCAUUCGGUUGGCCCUCAUUCUUGACCUGCCUAAUCGGAGGUGUGACGACCAACUGAAGAGGCAAGUUAACCUUCGGAUAUGGUGGUCGUUGUACAUGAUCGACAUCUGGUCGUCCAUGGGCCUCAACCUGCCUCGACAACUCGAUUUCGUGGAAAGAUAUCCUCUCCCAACAAACGAAGAAAUCUUUCUAUCCCUUCAACCCGGGAUAGCGACACCAGAGAACAUGGACUGCCCUGGACUAUGCUCCGAGAUGGCGAUUCUAGCACGUAAAUGGGCGAGAAUCCAUCGUUUCAACAAAGCCGCCGUUAACAGCUUUAUUGACUGGCAGUCAGUGAGCGCCACCGUAGACUCCUUCGCACGCGAACUGCAGGACUGGUCUGAUUCACUGCCUUCAUAUCUCCAAGAGACCCCGGACAACUUGGAGCGGUACUGCUCGCUGGGUUUAGGCAAUGCUUUUGCUGCACUGCAUCUAGGGUACCAUUACUACAACGAGGUGCUCUUCUAUCAAUUUCUGGCCAGAAAGCCAAAUCAGGAGCAUUCUGACUCGAUAUCCUGGUAUCGCUCGCAGUGCGAAGAACACGCCCUCGCAUUCUGCAAUCUACUCUACCGCUGUCGUUCAACCAACCAGCUCCAAUUCCAGUGUCUCUACGUGAUGGUCGGACACAUGCUCGUCGUUACGUCGACAGUAUACAUCCAUAUGCUCGUGUCCAGCGAAAACGAGGCCAAGAUCAAACUCGCCCGCCAGCGCCUGGGGCAGAACUUCCAGAUCCUGACCGAAAUGCAGACAUACUGGGUGUCCCUGGAUGUCUUUCUUCAUCGGCUGCAGGUGUUCCAUAAUGCCUGUAUCAGAUCGAUUGAUGAAUCAUUUCGAAUGGAUCAGUGGAUGUUGUCUUUCCUUCUCGAGCAUGGUACUACGGUUAUGGAGCGCCCGUUGAAUAGCGACUCUCCGGAUACACUACGGAAUUGGUUUUUGCAGACUUUUUGACUCGCAUUGUAUAAAGAAAGUAGAUGUUAGAUAACACUCUCCAGGAACACGUAAUAUGCCCGC